CGCCUCUCCGCCACUCAUCCCCUUGGUCCUCAUUCAAAACAGAACACAGCUGUUGAGGGUGCACAGCCCGCCCUCUCGCUCCUCUCUUGUCUACCCUCGGCCACUGCCUACUACCAACCCCCCUAAAACUGUCUCAUGAACCCGCUGGAAUAUCACACGCACAGAAUAACAACGUCCUUCGGUGCUACGUUUCAACGUGUGUCAGCGGGACGCAACUUGACAGAUCAAGACUUCACCACGUGGCGAGAGGCAGGGCUUACCUCCGGAAUCAUGUUCAUCUGACACUCAAAACGAGCGGGCUUUUGCUGCAGCUGAGCAUCAUGAAUGACGGCCUCCUGUGCUAGAGCUGCAUGCUGUGGGAAUGAUGGACUUCCCCAAUGGCCAAUCAAGCCUCGCCCCGACUGCUGCCACCGUUUCAGAGAGGAGCAGCAGCUCAGAGUCUCUCAGUGACAAGGGCUCCUCCGAGCUGAAGAAGAGCUUUGACGCAGUUGUCUUUGACGUGCUGAAGGUCACACCGGAAGAAUAUGCCGGCCAGAUUACACUCAUGGAUGAUCCUGUUUUCAAAGCCAUCCAGCCCGAGGAGCUGUCAAGCUGCGGUUGGAACAAGAAGGAGAAGCACAGCUCCGCUCCCAACGUUGUUGCCUUCACGCGCAGGUUCAACCAGACCAGUUUCUGGGUGGUUCGCGAGAUCCUCCACGCGCAGACGCUGAAGAUCAGAGCCGAGGUGCUGAGUCUAUACAUCCGCACCGCCAAGAAAUUAUGCGAAAUGAACAACCUUCACGCCGUCAUGGCGGUGGUGUCGGGCCUGCAGAGCGCUCCCAUCUUCAGACUCACCAAAACAUGGGCGUUACUGAGUCGCAAGGACAAGGCCACAUUUGACCGGCUCGACUUCCUGAUGUCCAAAGAGGACAAUUACAAGCGUCUGCGGGACUACAUAAGCAGCCAGAGCAUGGUGUCGUGUAUACCAUACCUCGGGAUGUACCUGUCCGACCUGACCUACGUGGAUUCGGCCUACCCCUCCACAGGCAGCAUCCUGGAGAACGAGCAGCGGUCCAACCUGAUGAAUAACAUUCUCAGAAUCAUAUCGGACCUGCAGAGAUCCUGUACCUACGAUAUCCCACUGUUGCCUCACAUCCAGAAGUAUCUCAACUCGGUCAGGUACAUCGAGGAGCUGCAGAAGUUUGUGGAGGAUGACAACUACAAGUUGUCGCAGAGGAUCGAGCCUGGCACCAGCACGCCGCGUGCUAAUGCUUCCAAAGAGGAUCUUGCUGGCCAAGAGGCAUCUGCAUCUCCUCUGUGCGGCCGCAAGUGUUCAGUGGUGGCCGACGCCACUAAAGUCCCAGCCACGCCCCCUUCCCCGAGGAACCUGCUUCCCUACGGACACCGCAAGUGUCACAGUCUGGGCUACAAUUUCAUCCACAAGAUGAAUACAGUGGAGUUCAAGAGCGCCACGUUCCCCAACGCUGGCUCGCGCCACCUGCUGGAUGACAGCGUGAUGGAGAGCAACAGUCCCACUCGAGGCCAAGCUGAGAGCUCCACACUGUCCAGCGGCAUUUCACUUGGGAGCAGUGAAGGCUCAGAACUCAGCGAGGAAGUGUCGUGGCCGGCUUUUGAGAGGACUCGGUUCUAUCACUCUCUGGGCCCAGUGACCCGCGUGGCCCGCAUCCCCUACCGAGGAGUCCUGAGGCCCAGCAGCUCGGCGGAGUCAGAGGAGCUGGCGGUUCACCUUUAUCCUGGUGCGGUGACGGUGCAGGGGGUACUGAGGCGGAAAACUGUACUCAAGGAGGGCAAGAAACCAACGGUGGCGUCCUGGACCAAAUAUUGGGUGGCUCUUUGUAGUACCCAACUUUACUACUACCCUGUCAAGUCCCUGAAGGCAACAGAGAGAAAACAUUUCAAGUCAAAGUCCAGUAAGAGCGUGUGUGUGGUUGGUCUGAUGGCCAUGAUGGCGGACGAUCCCGAGCAUCCGGAUGUCUUCAUGCUGACCGACACGGAGCAUGGUAACACCUACAAGUACCAAGCGGGAAACAGGAUGAACGCCUUGCUGUGGUUCAAACAUCUGAGUGCUGCGUGUCAGAGCAACAGGCAACAGGUGCCAGCCAAUCUGAUGUCAUUUGAGUGAGCGGCCCGACAAGGAGGCGGUGGAGCUUUAUGACCACCACUUGGAGCUUUCACUGCCCGAUGAACGCAUUGCCGCCGCCCCCUGGCCUCACUGCAGCCUCACCUGCCACCACUGCCUUAAUCGAGAACCCUGCGUUAUGUGUGUGUGUGUCUACGUGUUUGUGGAUUUACGGUCUUCGACUACUGAACAAGGAAGCGCACCACUGCUCUCAUGUCUGAUUGGGCAAUUGGACUGGUUUUCACCAAUCAGACGGAGCUCAUCCCCUCCUUUUUAUUUAGAUUUGUCUCCCCCCCCAUACCCCUUUUUUUUUUUUUUAAUGGGUGUCCCCUUUCUCCCGUGCUCAGAAGACUCACUUUGGGGCCAUUCAAAACAUUUCUGUACCCUGGCUCACAGUUUUUGGGGGGAAACUAUGAUCAAGCAUAAGGGCUCCACUAAUUGGUCGCUUCCUGAAUUUUUUUUUUUUUUUUUUUGUACGUCUG